AUGGCUUGGUGUUGGUUAUGGACGCUCUGCUUGGUGCAAUCGGUGGUUCCAGCUUUGGCAAUGGACAUUGUCGGAGAAGUAAACCGCUUCUUAGCCCUGUUGUUGCUUGGUGUCGCCUUUUAUCUCGCCUUCCUGUACAGGGACCGUGUGGUCACAUUGAUGACAGGGGACGAUCGUGUGCACUGCGAUCUGAACUCCAGUGUUUGGCAGGUUCUCACGUGCUGCCGUUUUUGCGAGGGUGAGUGGACUCGAGUAUUGACAUCUUCGUGCUGCUGGCCCUUCCGCAGUUCCAAAGGCAAGAAUCUUUUGCAUCUAUUGGGCCAGCGCCUGGGGCUAGUCCAGAUUCCGAUAGAAGUUGAGAAUAUCAUUGUCGGAGACCUUCCAGCAGUUCGGUCUGGCGAUUUCUAUUUGACAGUCGAAACAAGCAGCAACCCUCCACAAAUCACAGCAGUGGUCGAGAACUGCGAUCCGAAAGUGGUCAAUUUUCCAGAUUCGCUCAUUAUCAAGGUGCGGAGGUCAACUCUAGACAGCAACGUACGGUUUGUUGUGAAGAAGAUGCAUGCAGUGGGCAGUGUGGAGAUCUGCGAGUGCUACAUCAGUCCCAAGAUGCUGCUGUAUUGGAUGGAGCAUGAACAAGGACCAGUUCGCAUCCGCAUGGAGCCUUGCAGAAGAGACUACAACUUCACUCUUCCGGCUUGGAUCCUGAUAGAGUUGCGGGAGCAUCUUGCACCCAGUCGAGGUGUCAGCCAAUUUGAUCUCACAGUACGUGAUGCCAAGACUGGCGAUAGCAUUGAUUACGAUGAUGCCAACAACUUCAAAAAGACAUACGAGUUGCUCCAUGUCACUGGCUUUCGAUCUCAAGAGCCAGACGAGAAUAUGGUUGGAAACAUUGACGCGGCCUAUCGUCGCAAGGCUAUGUGCUUGGGCCAACUCUUCAUGAUGCUGCUGUUGGGCUCCGGGACCUAUAUGGUUUCGAGAUUGUACUGCAUGGCUUGCUUUCAGAAGUAUUCCGAGAUCACGGUUUUGAACAACUUCGGCGUCUUGUUCCCCGUGUUCGAUCAUGACAAGACCUUUUACAGGGAACGAUGCAAUCUCAACUCCAACUUGUUUGUGGGCAUGUUCGAGGAUGACGUGCUUUCUGGGCAGGCUCUAUCAAACGAGAAGGUGGAUCCCAACUGCACCGUGACUCGCGAGCAAGUGAUGCACACGUGUGACGACCUUCCCAUUGGAGCACGCCAUCCGAAUCUUCGGAUCAGCCUCGGUUUCUUUGACGUGUACAUUCCUUGCUGGCAGCAGACCUGUCCGAUGGAUGAUGUUCUUCGGGGCUGGGGCAGCUGGCAUGUGAUGUUCGUUGUGAUCAUGUUCCUGCUCAUCCUCUGCACAUGGGGAGCGUGCAAUUGGCACAUCCUGAAUUUGCAGGACCAUGUUCUGACGGAGUCCCGUGGAAUGGCAUACACGCACGUGCAGCAGUCCCCCGGCCUGCUCUCGCCCUGA